AGUUUAACUGCCUACACCGUCGGCUCAAUAUACCCACCGCCCCCACUUUCUCUCUUAUUUCCAUCACCAGCCCCUGCGCCUCCAGAUCCUACUUCAUUCGAAUCUCUGGAGUAUACAGCUUCCUUAGAGAAGGAAUUACUCUCAUUACCUCUACUCCAGUCCCUCAGAACUGCUCCCGAUGCGAAACAAUGGUACGAAGCUCGUCCCUAUAAAAACUUCCCCGAGGAACGUCGCGUAAACAAUCUCACUGCCGGUGCGCUUCGUGGACCUGGUAAAUUGGCUGUACCGCCCGUGGUAUGGGUUCGUCGUGACGAGUCGGAGAGUUUUGUUUUCAUACACGUUGGCAGGGGACUCUGCGGCCAUGAUGGGAUUGUGCACGGUGGAAUGCUUGCCACGCUGUUAGAUGAAACCAUGGCGCGCACGGCUAUCAAUAACCUUCCUGAACGAAUAGGAGUGACUGCAACGCUCAAUCUGAACUAUCGCGCUCCGACAAAGGCUGAUCAGUUUAUUGUCAUCAAGACCAAGCUCGGAGAGGUGAAAGGCCGAAAGGCUAAUGUUGUUGCCCGAGUAGAAGAUAUGAAAGGGACGUUGCUGGUCGAGGCCGCGGCUAUGUUUGUUCAACCGAAAUACGCCAAACUCCUCAAUACGGCUGCCAUGCGCCAGGUCAUGGGGGAACCUCCGAAAGACGAUCAUGAACCUGUUCAUCUGGCAGAUGGGCAAGAUAUG